AUGGCGCGUCCAAAGUAUAUCAUACUGGUCAGACACGGCGAGUCGCAGGGAAAUUGCGACAAAUCCGUGAAUAGAUACAUACCAAAUCAUAAGGUGCCUCUCACAACGAAAGGCCACCAACAAGCUGCUGAUGCUGGCCAGCGUCUGAAAGAGUUUCUCGAACCGGACGAUAGUAUCCUUUUCUACACAAGUCCGUAUUUAAGGGCAAGGCAGACGUUAGAUGGACUAUUGGAAGGCGUCAAAACGAGCAAUUGCAAAUACAAGGUUUACGAAGAACCACGAAUGCGUGAGCAAGAUUUUGGCAAUUUUCAGAGCACUGCCGAGGAGAUGGAAAAGAUAUGGCGUGAAAGAGCUCAUUACGGCCACUUCUUUUACCGAAUUCCUUACGGGGAGAGUGCAGCUGACGUUUUUGACCGGUGUGCUGGUUUCAAUGAAACUUUGUUUCGCCAAUUCAACACCGAGAAGUUCCCAAAUGUACUCGUCCUGGUGACCCACGGGAUAUGGGCACGGGUGUUUCUCAUGAAAUGGUUCCGUUGGUCGGUUGAAGAGUUUGAGAGUCUCACGAACGUGCCUCACUGCGCAUUUUUGAUAAUGGAAAAACAACCAAACGACAAGUAUAAGCUGCUGACGAAACUGCGAAGGUGGGGGGACCUAAAGGAGGAGAAUGAGCAUGAGUUCAAGCAGGAGCUCAAAAAGCAGACUUCUAACGAGAUCAGGUUUAAUUCCUCCGUGGAUUUGAGUGAGAGAGAGGUGGAGAGUGUGGUGAAUGCAGAGGACGAAGCUUUGAAAGAGCAGAUUGAGAAGGAAAAGACGCUACGUUCGCGGUUUUUAAACUCUCAGCAAGAAUAA